AUGAAGUAUCACGAUCUUGGCAAACACCACCUGGUAAUGCUUGGGCUUAACGAUAGUUUCGAUCGAACCCUUACGAUGAGCGCGAGUAUGCUAACUUCAUCAAAUAUUCCUCGCAAUACAGCCGAAAUUCCGCGUGCUGCUACCUUCUCUGUGAGUCCUUCAAUUUCCAAGAUUUGGAUCAUACCCUCAUUAUAG